AUGGGCAAGAGGAGACGCGGCCACACCGACGUCGAGGACGUGCUGGCUCGGCCGUGGUGCUACUACUGUAAAGCUUAUCCUUUCCCAGCGCUGCGAUCUGAUGCCCCGUCGGGAAGAGGAGCAGCUGCAAAAAGCGACCUGCUCCUCAUCUCCCACCAAAAAGCCAAACAUUUCAAGUGCGAACGAUGCGGUCGCCGAUUAAACACCGCCGGAGGUCUCUCCGUCCACAUGAACCAGGUGCACAAGGAAACCGUCAACCAAGUCGAGAACGCGCUGCCGAACCGCCAAGGGCUCGACGUUGAAAUCUUUGGCAUGGAAGGCGUGCCGCAGGAGGUGCUGGACCAGCACCGCACGCGCAUCAUCCAAAACUUUUACCAGGCGCAGGAGAGCCGCCGCCUGGCGACCGGCAACCCGCUGCCCGGCCAGUCGUUCAACAAUGGCCGCAAGAAGCUUCGUUACGAGACGGCCGAGGCCCUGCUCCAGCGCCUCGCCGAGUGGCGCGCGCACAAAAAGGCCGGCACGCUGCCGCCGCUCACUGCUGACACCUCAAACACCCAAUUUAAAUGGACUAACUCCUCAUGUCCCAAGGGAAACACCGACGGCCUGCCACAGCGCCACGCCACGGCCGGCGACGACAUCGAUCAGCUGAUCCGGUCGGCGGCGGCGGCGGAGCCCGACAGGAGCAAAAAGGAAAAGGACGGCAAAAAGUCGCGGCUGGUGUACGAUGAUGCCGAGAUUGGCCCCGAGGAGAGAAUGGCACAGCUGCCGCGGUACGCGUACCAGCCUGCCGUUGCUGCGUAG